AUGGCCGAGUCCGUCAAAAAAGGUGUCGAGGCUGCUGGCGGUAAGGCUGACAUUUACCAGAUCCCAGAGACGUUGUCUGAGGAGGUGUUGGGCAAGAUGGGUGCUCCAGCCAAGCCUAACUACCCAAUCGCCACAUUGGACACCUUGACCAGCUACGACGCCUUCUUGUUCGGUAUCCCCACUAGAUUCGGCAACUACCCUGCCCAGUGGAAGACUUUCUGGGACUCCACCGGUGGCUUGUGGGCUCUGGGUGCUCUUUACGAAACCACCGUUGUCAACGCCUUGUCUGUGUUGGUGCACCACGGUAUCAUCUACGUGCCAUUGGGCUACGCCAAGGCAUUUGGCCAGAUCACCAACUUGAAUGAGGUGCACGGCUCUUCUCCAUACGGUGCUGGCAGUUUCGCUGGUGCUGACGGAUCCAGACAGCCUUCUUCUUUGGAAUUGAGAUUGCCGAGAUCCAGGGCCGUUCUUUCUACGAGACCAUCCAGAAAUUUUAGACUACAUAGAUUAGAGACACACCAAUAG